AUGGUCGUCGUCGUCGUCCACCUUUCUCACUCACCUCCCAUGGCCUGGCUCUCUUCUGUUUCCCUCAAGAAGUCCUCGCCGCCGCCGGCGACUCUCGGAAUCCUCUCCUUCGAAACUGCCAAGAUCAUGUCCCGCCUACUCUCCCUCUACAAUUCUCUCACCGACGACGAAAUCAACCGCCUCCGGAACGAAACCAUAUCGUCCCGAGGUGUCUCGUACUUGAAUUCAGAUGAUGAAACCUUUCUGUUGGAUCUCGCUUUCAAUGAAAGGCUUGACGAUCUCGAUCAGGCCGCCAUUGCUGUCUCCCGACUUGCCUCUAAGUGCUCCGAUUUCGGACUUAAACGAUUCGACCUCCUUUACGCCGACCUGAAGGUCGGACUCAUUGAUGUGGAAAAAUUCGAAUUCGGUUCGAAAAGGACCAACAAAGUGAUAGAGAAGAUGAAGAAAUUCAUAUCUGAAACUGCGAAUCUCAAUGUGGCAUUGGAAUCUCUAACCGAAUUGGAACAAUCGGAGAAGAAAGUAGAGCGGUGGAAGAACAAUCUGGAUACGAAACAGUUAGGAAAAACAAAUUUCGAGCUCUUGAAUCAGAAAAUAGAGUAUCAGAGAAAACAAGUUCAGUGCUACAGAAAGACCUCUCUGUGGAACCAGACCUUCGAUAAAUCGGUCGGAUUCAUGGCUCGAAUCGUCUGCGUCAUCUAUGCCAGAAUCUACAAAGUUUUCCAACCGGAAACUAAUUUAAGCCUAAAAAACUGUUGCCUUCUCGAGGAUCGGAAAUUUUACCUGAAGAAAAAUAAAGGACCAUCGAAAUCCGGUCCGAUUCCGAAAUCUUCAACGAAAAGUUUAGUCCGGUUCCCUAGUCGUUUAUCGCCGCCGAACCCGGAUCUUUCCGAAAAUAUCGGAUUCGCCGUCGAUAACAACACCAUUGAUAAAGGAAACAAAAACAGAGUUUACCGAUUGGCUCCGCAAUCGACGAUCGGAGCGUGUGGAUUGACGCUUCGAUACGCGAACGUGAUCACAUUCGCGGAGAGGUGUUUGUACGCGCCGGCGACGAUAGGCGAGAACGCUCGGCGAUCUUUGUACGAGAUGUUGCCGAAGAAGUUGAAGGAGAUGGUCAGGAGGAAAUUGAAGAGCCACUGGAGUAAGAAGGAAGAUGAUGAACGUGGAGGUUUCUACGGUGGCGAUGGUGGCGAAUCGCUGGCGGAAGGGUGGAGGAACGCGGUGGAGGAGAUAAUGGAGUGGCUGACGCCAAUGGCCCACGAUACGUUGAAGUGGCAGUCGGAGAGGAACUUGGAGAAACAGAAGUUUGAUGCCGACCCGAAGGUGCUGUUGUUGCAGACGUUGCAUUAUUCGGAUUUGGAGAAGACCGAGACCGCCAUUGUUGAGGUGUUGGUUGGGUUGAGUUGUAUAUUUAAGUAUGAGAACAAAAGAAAUCUGCGUGGUUCAGUCCCCAGCUAUAGGUGA